AUGACAUUUAUAUCUUUGGUGUUCGUUGUUUUUGUUGCUAUUGUUGGUUCAAUCGGCUCGGUGCCCAUUUAUGAACAGUGUGGAGGUUUGCAAUGGGGACGUACAUUUAAAAAAUGUGAUGAUGGCUUGUGUCGACCACCAAAUAAUUGUCCUUCACAUUGGGCAUGUACGAUUGUCGAGAGCUCAUCAACCAUUAUCCCUCUUCCAAGAGUCAUUCCUGCUAAUGAAAGAUGCGAUAAUGAAAGCUACACGGUAUGCGUCACUGGAACAGCCUGCUUUCGACGUACUUCUAGCUACUCUGAAUGUCGUCCACAAUGUCCAAUCACAUGGCAAUGUGAAAAUGAUGUUGCUCAUGAGUAUGAACAAUGUGGAGGUGAAGGUUAUAUUGGUCUGACUCGUUGUGCAUCAGGUCUUCGUUGUUAUUAUCGUAACAAAUGGUAUGCUCAAUGUUCAGUGUCAUGUCCAGGUAUUGGAUGGUUUUGUUGA